AUGCAGAAGGCAUUAGGAACAACAGCUACUUUUGGAGCAGAGAAGACUGUUCAAAACAUCGGAGAAGGAAAUGGUUUUCUAUCGCGAAUCUGUUUGAUCCGUCCGGAUUGGCAGAAUGGAUCUGAAGAUUUACCAAAGGCGUUCAUUGCCAAGAUCUGCACACCAAUCACAAUGAUGGAUUUCAGCGAGAAAUCUGACAACGAAUUUGAUGUAAGCGGAUUAAUAGAUCGCUUUGUUGUUCUCUGUACCUCGGUACACAAUAUGGAGAUUGAUACUUAUAAGAUUAUGAAUAAGUACAGUGAAGGUAGAAUACCCUUACCUAAGACAGCAAGCUUCAAUUCGCCUGUGGUGGAUCUGGUUCGUGCUUUCUCCGCCUGUUUGAGUGGAGCCGAUCGAAGAAACCAUCACAAGGAGCUGUUAAGCAUUUUCUAUGACUAUCUCCGUGAAGAAGUUGAAGGAGAGUUACCUUACACACUCAAACAGCUAGAAGAAUCUUAUGAUCUUAUCGUACCACUUGGAGCUUUCCUUGUUGUACCCAUUAUUCACCCCCUGUACGACUAUUUGAAGAAAGCUAGACCCGAGUUAGCUGAGGAAACCAAGGCAAUUUUACACGAGAAAUCGGUGGCCCUUAUGGAAGAUGCUCUAGCAACUCGUCCUUUGGAAUGA